GUUUUGACAUAAAAAGGAACGCGCUUACCGAUACUGCCACACACACUGCUACAGUCGAGUUGAAUAACACUGAAACCAGAUUUAAAACGCUAUGAGGACUUUCUUAAGUUUAGUUUUCAGUUUUGCCUGCCUAUGGCUGUUGGAUAAUACAGAUGCAGCAAUUACUGCUUGGACAAACCCAACUAUAAAUAGUGCAAACGGCAAUGGAGCUUUUAGUGUUGCAGAGGACCAAGUAUUGGCUACAACAAUACAAAAGCUCGUUGCAACUGGAACCGGUACGAUAACAUACAGUGUUCCAAAAGCAGUCAGCCCUUUCACAGUGGACACUGCUUCGGGAGACUUAAAAAUAACUGCAGCUCUUGAUUACGAAACAAAAACUUCCUACGUACUUGUGGUAGAAGCGGCCGACAGCGGUUCAUCUACGGGCACAGCAACGAUAACUAUUACAGUAACUGAUGUCAAUGAACCGACAUUUAGCGCCUCUUCAUACGAUCAAUGUAUCGUAGACAAAUCUGCGAUUGGCACUGAAUUGAUUACAGUAAAGGCAACCGACGCCGACACAACAGAAACAGUGACACAUGUGAUAGAAAAUGGCAACACGAAUGCUGAUUUUGGCAUUGCUGGUGCAACAGGCGUUAUCACAGUUGCAAAAGCCCUUGACAUGUCUACAACACCCAAGUACACCCUCCACGUGAUAGCUAAAGAUGGUGCUUCACCAGAACACACAUCGACUGCCACAGUGAAAGUCUCCGUUCAAUCAGCAUGUAGUAACGCCGGGACUACUGUACUCAAUUUGUCAGCGAUACUGUUAUCCCUCCUUUCCACACAACUUUAACAAUAUACAACGACAUACUGUGACAAACAAUUGUUGUUAUAUUUUUCUGGUCCUUAAAGUUGUUUUGUUUUGCCUUUUAAUUGCGUGGUGUAGUUUUUUAAUGUGGCUUAAAUACUAUAGUUUGCUUAAGUUUCGCCCUGUCUGCAUAUGUACAUUGAAUAAAUCAAUGUUAAAUGAAAUGCUAACAUUAAAAGCAUAGUAAAAUAAUCAAAUACGAGGAUUUACUUCUUAGCAUCCAUCGUUAUGUCUUUUAUGUCAAAGAUCAUUGUGUUUACUAUUUUUUUGUCCAUGGAUCCUAUUUUUAUCAAUUAAUCCUUUCGAUUUACAGAUAAGAUAUAUGCGGAAUCAAGAAUUCCUUCCGAUUUAUGUAAAUUCAUAUAUUUGUUUCCCAGCAUGUCAUAUUAAUGAAUGAAAACGGGAACAAAUUUCACGCCUCCACCGCUGGGUAGGCAGUAUAAAAGACAAAACAAAAAAUAAACUUAAAUUCGGUAAUUUAUUUCUUACAUUUGUAUCUGUACACAUACUGCUGCAAACAAAGCUAUAGAUAGGAAUGUAUACACAAUGGUAGGUCGGACGAGGAUUUUGAAGUAAUUCAACAGAAUAGUAGAUUGAUCUCAGUUAUUGCCCCUGUUAUAAAUAGAAACCAUUUUCUUUUAAUUUGACAUGAAAAAAUGCAUAUAUGCAUUACUAUAUUAGUCCCUUUUGUAACUAUUUUUAUUUACUGUUUGUAUAUUUGUUACAAUUGUAAUAACAGAAAACAGAUUUCAUUGAACGCCGCCUUUCCUUGUUGAUCUUGUUCAUCAUAUCUGUUCAUUUUGACAGCUGUUUUGUAUGUUCCAAAGGAGAUACAUUUAAUAUAUUCUAAUCUCUAGCAAGCCUUCCAAAUUUCAGGAUGAACAAUGUCUUUCGUCCGCCCAUUUAUCUAUAAUAUACAAUUCUUUUUACAUCCAGUUAACCAUUGGACAGUUUAUAAGAAUAUCUGAUCAUCAGAUGUCUACUAAAUCAUCGUCAUUUGCUGCAUUUUUUGUUUGGAUGCUCUUUGAUGCUUUGCAUCAAUGCUUUUCUUGUGAAUAUACCAAUGAUAUACCAUUUGCCGCGAAACCUGUAUGUAAAGGACAUUUUGAAAAAUAAAGCCAAUGAAAGUUUUU